AUGGCCCACGAGCCGCGUGGUGAUCAUGGUGACCGCGGCGGCCAUGAUGGGGCGUACAUGAAGAUGCGGGGCCGAAGGCCGGUCACCGACUACAGUGCCACCGUCGCUCAUUGGCAGCGGAAUCGAACUGCCAACUACAAGGGUGGCUACACGGGCGAGGCCGAGCGGCCGAGCGUGAGCUACAUUGUGGAUAUGAUCCCACCCGCCGGGCGGCCCACGUCAGCGGCAGACAGCAUUCCCUCCAAGCACCUGCAUUCAUCCUUGAACAAGAUCAAGCAUCCAGUCAACGUGGUCCGAUGGACUCCCGAAGGACGACGGCUUUUGACAGCUUCGACGAGCGGCGAGUUCACUCUCUGGAACGGCACGGGCUUCAACUUCGAGACCAUUAUGCAGGCUCACGACUCGGCCAUCCGAGCUCUGGAAUACUCUCAUAGCGACGACUGGCUGAUAUCGGCCGACCACGACGGCCUCAUCAAAUAUUGGCAGCCCAACUUCAACAACGUUCAGAGCAUCCACGCGCAUUCAGAUCCUAUCCGGGACCUUGCCUUCAGCCCAAACGAUUCCAAGUUUGUGAGUGCCUCUGACGAUUCUACCCUCAAGGUCUUCGAUUUUGCUUUGGGUCAGAUGGAGUCCAAGCUGGAGGGCCACGGAUGGGACGCCAAGUCUGUCGACUGGCAUCCCACCAAGGGUCUUCUCGUGUCUGGUUCAAAAGACCAUCUCGUAAAGCUUUGGGAUCCUCGCACCAGCCGCUGCCUCACGACUCUCCAUGGGCACAAGAGUACCAUUACCAAGGUGACGUUUGAAAAAGUUCGCGGCAUGUGCCUCGCGACGUCGGCUCGCGACCAGACGGCCCGCGUCUUUGACCUGAGAAUGAUGCGAGACAUUUGUCUGCUCAAAGGCCACGAAAAGGAUAUUUCCACGCUCUCAUUCCAUCCCAUCCAUCCCAACCUGCUUACUACCGGCGGCAUGGACGGUUCGCUCUUCCACUAUCUACUCGACACGCCCAAUCCCCCCCCUGGCCAGGCCUUGACGGUUGCGCCGUACGACAGUCUGGAUCCCACCACCGCCGCGGCCCAGUCGGUCUGGCCCUCGCACAGGUUAGCCUUCGCGCACGACUAUGCCAUUUGGUCUCUCGACUGGCACCCCCUGGGCCACAUUCUCGCAACCGGGUCCAACGACCGAAUCACUCGCUUUUGGACCCGCGCACGCCCUGGCGAGAUCAACGUGUUCAAGGACCGGUACCACAUUGGCGAGGCGGCCGCCGAGGCACAGGGAACAUGGGAUCGUCGUGGCAACCGUCGUCAGCGGCAGGAGGAAGAGCAGCAGGAAAUGGAGGACGAGUUGGACGCGCUGGUUGACCAGGACGCGCUCAAGCAGCAGGCGGCGGGCUUGCCCGGCAUCCCUGGCCUUCCCUUGGGCGUCGGCUCCAACCCUUCUGCUCCUCCCCCGCCGCCCCUGUUUCCUCUUCCCGGGCUCAACGGCGCUCCCCAUCCCCCACUGCCGGGCCUGGAUCCCAACAAGCCUCCGGACCCGGCACAGCUGAUUGAGAUUAUGAAAAGGGCCGGCGUUCCUCUCCCGCCUCCGGGCGCGUUGCCUCACGGCCUCAUCCUGCCCCCCGGAAACGUCCCUUCGCCAGGCAGCUUUCCCAUGCCGGUCCAGCCGCCUCUGUUGCAUCAGCCAGAUGGCGACAAGAGCGACAGCGGCAGACGGCGAGCUCCUCUGCCUAGCCAAGAGGAGAGCUUGCGGCAGGAGCAGCGACAGGGCAAAUACACUCGGGCCAGAUAG